AUGGAAUAUCUAACGGGUCUAUCGCAAAAGGAAAAUGUUCGUGCUGCCUGCAAGAAGUGCGGCUUCCCAGGUCAUCUAACGUAUCAGUGCCGAAACUACCUUACGGUUGAUCCACAAAGUCACGCGGUGGUGCCAAGCCAGCAGCGUCCGGGGAGUGAAUCGCCGGAACAAAACUAUCUCACCCCGCUGCAGGAGCUUCGCAAGCAGGAAGAGGAAGAGGAAAGACGGAAGGCAGAAAAGGCGGAACGCAAGGAACGUGCUCGGAGGGCGAAGGAAGCACGGAAGGAGAGGAAGAAGCGCAAACACAGGAAACGGUCCCGAUCGCGGUCCUCGAACAGCUCGAGUUGUAGUUCCGACGAAAGCGAUUCGGAUAGUGGUAGCAGCGCACGCAAGAAAAGGAGUAAAAAGUACAAGAAAAAGCUCACGAAGAAGCGCAAAAAGUCCAAAAAGGGUAAGCACAGCCAUAAGCGAAGCAGGGGCCACGAUAGCAGCACGGAUAGUUAG